CCGGUGUCCCGUAACGGAGUUAUCAUGCUUUUGCAGUCUAACUUGCCUCUGUCUCUCUCAACCCCAUUCCUUCAUCCCCCCUCACACCAGUCCUCGUGCGGCUCUCCAUCGGAGAAUUCAUUUUUCUGAUCUCUCAUUCUAAUCCCUUCUACAGCCGCAUCUCACCUUCCCAACCCUUUAUUCCUUUUCGAGGAAACCCCUCCCCCGCAAUCACUCCGUUCGGAGUGUAGAUCUCUGACACUAUGACACAGGCAUCUGCCGGAAAAUCACCAGGGGGUGUUCUGCAGAUCCCUAUCGCCGCUACGCAGAAGAACACUACAGUUAACCCGGCCACCUCUGCACCCAAGAAGGCUCCCAAGCCAGCCGCACCACGACUCAAGCUUCUCGUGCGGAGACUACCCCCAGGGUUAACACAGGCAGAAUUUGAAACUGCAGUGGGCCCUGAAUGGAAGAUCGGAGCUGGCAAGAUCGACUGGCUUCAGUACAAGCCGGGCAAGGUUUCCAAAGACCCAGCUAAGCCGUCUCGACCCUCGCGUGCCUACGUCCAUGUUGUCUCCAGCGAUCACAUCAUUCCAUUUUCGAACACGGUCCGCCAGGCAUCUUUCAUGGACGCUCGAAACACCUUCAACGAUCCUAUCCUGUUAGGCCCUCCCUCCGUGGAAUAUGCGCCGUAUGCGAAAAUUCCCGGAGGCCGUGUACGGAAAGAUAUCCGCCUGGGAACGAUCGACCAGGAUCCCGAUUUCAUUGCUUUCCUAGAAAGUCUGACGCAGCCGAUCACCAAACCGCCUACGGUCGAAAACACCACGGACGGGGAGGAGAAAAAGGAAACCGUGACCACUACGCCCUUGGUACAGUACAUCAAAGAAAAGAAGGCCAGCAAAGCGAAGGAAAGUUCGAGUAAAUCCUCAAAGCACGCCAAAGCGGAUAAAGAGACCAAGGCAGAAAAGGUCCAGGCGAAGAAGCUAUUGCAACGGCCCGAUAGGGAGACGUCGCAGCCCGCGGAGAAGGGCGAAAAGAAAUCCAAGGCGGACAAGGCCACUAAGGAAGCCGUGAGAGCAGCGAAUAAGCAGGCAGCCAGUGUCGCCAAACAUGCCAAAACGUCCACGGCACAGAACUCUCCCAAAGACCCCGGUCAAUCGGCACCGACCAAGGAACGCAGGCGGGAACGGGGAAGCGUCGCGGCCGCAGCCAAGAUUCUUCAACGAGACUUGGGCCUAGCACCAUCAGGUGGUCGUCGCAAGGGAGGCAGGAGCGCUUCAGCGGAGACGGACGCAUCCAAGACUGAAACAGGUAGCGCCGAAUCGAGCAAGAAGGAAACGCCGCCAAAAUCAUCCAGAGGGGGCUCUUCGUCACAAAACGUAAAGGGCAAGAGUAAUACUGCACAGACCAAUGAGCCAACACCCCGAUCAGGGACAAACACCCCUCCCACUAGUGCUACGCCUGCAAUGGGCAGAUCCUCGAAAUCGAAAGGGAAACAAGCAACACCUGCACCUUCCACAGCGACGCAGGCCUUCCUCAAGCAUGCCAAUCCCUCUCAGGGUGUGACAGAACCAUUGUUAGAAGCGGCAUUCAAACCGUUCGGCAAGGUCGUCAAGGUAGAGAUUGACAAGAAGAAGGGCUUUGGAUAUGUUGAUUUCGCGGAACCAGAUGGAUUACAGAAGGCAAUUGCCGCCAGCCCCGUGUCGGUCGCCCAAAGCCAAGUCGUGGUGCUAGAGCGGAAAGCCAACCCGAGUGGAGAGAAGGGCCGUGGCAAGAAUCGGAGUGAGCCCCAGCCUGCCGCCAAUACUGGCGGUAACAAUAGCAACUACAGCAACAGUAGUGGCCGCGGGGGUAAGUCGAGUGAAGGCGGCCCUGGUUCGUCUCGGGGACGCGGUGGGCGAUCGAAGAAAGCUGGUGCUAAAGGAGGUGGAGGUGGGGGCAACGCCAGUGCGAAUACGCCAGAGGGGAAUGCUACAGAUGCUAAAUGAUGUUAAUGAACUAUUGACGUUGGAGGAACGAUAGAUACCCCUAGAACGAUGGAUGAUACAUGAUAGAACUAGACUAGUAAUAAAAUACGAUAUUGCAAUUUCAUUGUCAGUAGGGCGGAA